AGCACCAAAACUACAAGACAUCAAAGUGAAAAUAGGACAGGACAUAACUUUCAGGUGGGACGCAAACUGUAAAGUAUACGGCACAUGGAAGAAGGAUGGUCUGACAUUGCACAAUGAUGGCAGGAUCAACAUCACAGAACCAACAAGUGGUCAACAAUUCAGCCUAAAAAUCUGUAAUGCCACAGAAGAGGAUCGGGGUGAAUACACCCUAAAGUUGUCUAACAGGCGAGGUCAGGCAUCGGGUUCUGCGAAGGUCGAAGUACUGGGUAAGUUCUUGAAUUCUACCUUGCUUGAAUUUGAAUGUGUGUGCCCAUUUUAAGCAGUCAUUGUUGUAUUCUGGAACUAGCUGUAUUAUGUAUGAACAGAUGAAACACUGAAUGGAAUUUGAAGUGUCAUAAUCUUGAUCAAAGCAGUAUUGUCUGCAAUACUUAACCAAAUACUUGAUCAUGUUAUGUGUGUGUAUUGCAGAGUAUAAUGUGGCCUGGAGAAAAAUUGACAGUCAAGAAAAUUACCCAGUGAAAACGAACCUGCAGAAGUUUACACCCGGAAGCCCAGAGGCACGACGCCUUCGCUUCCUGCUACAUGGGCCAGUUGGAGCAGGGAAAUCCAGCAUUGCCAACUCCAUCAACUCUGUCUUCCAGGGCCGCAUAAAAAGAAACGCUCAUGUAGCCCCAUCCAGUGGAGAAAGUGAAACCAAAAAGUACAAAACGUACGAGAUUAAGGACCAGCAGGGAAAAAAAUUGUCUUUUGUCUUUAAUGACAUGAUGGGAGUGGAGUAUACAGAAACAGGCGGGGUGCUGACUGCUGACAUCAUCAGUGCCUUAAAAGGUCAUAUCAAAGAUGGCUAUGUGUUCAACGAAUUAUCUCCUUUGUCUGAUGGGUUGUACUACAACAGCAACCCCACUCUGGAUGACAAAGUCCACUGCCUGGUGAGUGUGAUUUCUGCAGACAAAAUCCUUCUUCUGGAGGAAACCCAUGGCCUCAUCAAGAAGAUGAGGGAAGUCAGAGUCGUUGCCAAGAACCUCGAUAUCCCCCAUGUAGUCUUAAUGACCCAUGUGGACAGCUGUUGUCCUUUGGUGAAAGAUGACCUGGACAAAAUCUACAUCAGCAAAAAAAUUAAGCAAGCAAUGCAGGACUGUAGUAUCAAGCUUGGUGUUUCCAUGAACCGUAUCUUCCCGAUGAAGAACUACCAUGAAGAGCUCGACAUAAAUGAGAAAGUUGACGCUUUGAUCCUGCAUGUCCUGCACAAUAUUGUCGACUAUGCCAAUGAUUAUGUGAUUGAACAGACUGAAGACUGAAGUCCAAAAAGUAGGGUAUAGCUUACUAAGGCCUACUGGUUGUGACACUGAAUGUUUGCCCUUGCCCU